AUGUUUCCUUUGGCGUGGCGGCCGUCAUGCGGAUGCCUCGUUCCAGGGCCGGCCCCGCAGCCCCGCAUGGGCCGCCGCGCCGCCCAGAAAGAGCGUCCCUUCCGGCCCUUGGGGUAUGGGAAUGGGAAGCGGGAGUCGACCACCUUUGCUGGCUGGUCCAACUGCUACCUAGGCUGCAACGACCCCUACGGCGAGACCUUGCACAGCAUCCUCAGCCUCGUGAGGGCCAAGUACCUCACAGUAGACCGCUUCGUGAGCGUCGUGGGCUCCUUUGUGGCGCUCCAGUUUCUGCUGGUGCUGAAGCCAAAGGCGUUGCACUUCUUUGACAUGAACCCGCAGCAGGUGCUCUGGGCCAAGAUGCUCUGUGAGCUGAUCGCCAUCUCCCAGACGCCUCAAGAGUUCAUCUCCCGCGUCUUCGCGCGCCCCGUGCGCGGCUUCGAGCGGCGCCUGGGGUCCGGCGGCUUCACGGGGGAGCGGCUCACGCAUCUCAACCAGCACCGCUUCCUGCGCCUCGCCGCGUCCAAGCGCUGGCGGGACUCCACGCUGCAGCGGCUGUCCGCCUCCGGCCGCGCCACCUAUCGCGAGGUGCUGAUGCCCUUGCAGGAGGAUGAGAAGCCGGGCUGGUUCACUCCGCAGCUGCUGCCCUGCGAAGACCGGCGCCGGUUCAGGGCAAAGGCGCGCACAGGCUUGGGGCCCCAGGGUCGCCUGCCCGGGGACCGCUUCGCAUCCAUGCUCUACGGGGAGGGCUGGCUGACGAACCAGCAGACCUUCCAUCUCGUGAAGUGCAAGCUGGCGAGGACGCCGAUCACUUGGACGGCCGGGAUUGACUUCACAGGGGCGGCGCCGGAGGAUUUGAUCCAGGGCGAGGAGCGGAGCCGCGGCGAGCGUACGCUGCUCUUUGCCAUGGACAUGUGGUCCUCCCACUUUGCGCGGCCCUUGCCGCGGCAAAGCACCCUGCGCUGGCGAAACGAGGGGCGCUUGGUCGCCGUGCAAUCCAUCACGGCAGAGAAACAUGAGCUGGUGCAGGAGCUAGUGGGCUCGGAUGACCUCCGUUGGCGGAGCUUGUCAGAGUGGGAUUCUGGGGAGCUGCUGCCACCCCACAUCUGCCAAGUGGGCGAGGUGCUUCAUGAAGGAUGCAGGCUGGAGCCUGGCCUCGGAGAUCUGGACGCGCACCCGCUGCUGGCGGAGAGGCACUGCCCGGGUUCCCAGGCGUCUUUCUGCCUACUCAGCCGGCGGGUGCUGGUGCCGAUGGUGACUUUCCGCUGCGGGGGCCUGUGCCAGUCCGAGGUGCCCCUGUUCGGGCUCACCACCAUGGAGGAGACGCUGCAUCAGCAGCCCGCCUGCGCCGACGCGGUCGUGGAGCUGCUGCGCCUCGCGGGGCAGAGCUUCGGCGCCACCGCGGUGGCCCUGGCAUUGCCUAUGGCGAUUGCCAGCCUGUGCUUGGCCUGCGCGGCUCGCGAGGAAGAGGAGGCUCCGGGUGGGCCUGUGAAAUUGGCUCUGGGUGGCCUAAACGAUAGCCUACGAUGUGAGGGGUAA